AUUUUUUGUUUCAUGGACUCAUCGAGUAGUUUAGUAUGUUUACCGUUUGUACUUCAUUCGUCAUAACUUCAAAAAUGUUUUUUACUCCAUCCCCUUACCCCAAUCCUUCUCUCAUACGGAAUUCCGAUAAUCGGAUGAAACAUCCGGCGACCGGAAUUAAUUCCUGAACUGUUUAAAUUAAUAAGGAAAUAUCAUGAAUUCGACUGAGCCCAAUGACAACAGUGAAGAGGAGGAGACUUCUAAUUUUCGAUUAUUGCGGAGCUGUUUGGGGCGUGUACUAUUUGUACUGGGGUUCUUCCUCCUGCUCAUCUUCUUGCUUUGUUCUGCUGUGUAUAUAGAGAGUUUAGCGAUUUGGAAUCCAAUUUCUCUGCCAUCUCGAUGCAAAAUAGUGUCUAGCAGUGUGGAUAUUAGGUCAUCUAAAGUAUGUGAACUGGGACUGUUGAACUACAAAGCUAAAAAUGUACUUUACCCAUAUGAAAUAAAGAAGUUUCGAUGUCAUUAUGAUUACUACUGGGCAUCUGUAUUUAAGGUUGAAUAUGUAGAUCAUUCGGGCCAGUCGCGUCUCGCGUUCGCUGAAGCUCCUAGUGAAGCACUUCCCUCUGACUGUAGACCCAAUUUUAUUGCUGCUUGGCUGGCAAAGGAUAGAUUCAAGGUUAAUGAAACUUACAAGUGCUGGUACACGUUGGGAAUUUCUAAGAUUGACAUAUAUGAAGAUGGCUUUUUCGGUUGUCAAGCUAAAGAUCCAUCCACUGUAGAGAUGUCCAUCCGGUAUAUUAUCCUGUUCAUGAGAAUAUUAGGGCCUGUUUACUAACAGAAAUAUUUUCCAGUUUUCAAGAAAACUGGAAAACUGGAAAACAGAAAACAGGAAACGUGUUUACCAAAGAAAUUCCUGGAAAACUGGAGAAAGGAAAAAAGAAAACGCGUUUACCAAAUUGUUUUCCAAAACGGAAAAAAUGAAACAUGUCUCUCUUUUCCUUAAUGAUUUGGAGAAGUGACUUUUACUAGUUUUCCAAAUUUGGAAAACGCAGAUGCUACAGUGCCUUUGCAAUGAAUUUGCAUACUUACACCUAGUGGUGGGUCCGGUCCCGCUCCGAUGUCGAUUCCAUUCCAGUACCUCCAUCCUCGUACCUUACCCCUUACUCCUACCCUACCCUACCCUACCCACCCAACCCCCACCCCGCGUACCCAUUUUUCCCUAUAAUGACCUUACUCACCCCCCACCACAUGCCCCGACCUCGGCCCCACCCCGAUCCACCCUACCCUACCGCCACCCCCCUACCACCUCGAUCCACCCUACCCUACCGCCACCCCCUACCACCUCGACCCCACCCCGGCCCACCCUACCCUACCCCACCCCUCGUAUAUUCCAUUUACCCCUACCUUACCCCUUACCACAUGCCUCCUACCUCGGCCCCACCCCACCGCCAUCCUACCCCCACCCCCGUACUGCCAUCCUACUCCCACCCCCACCUUACCCUACCUCGGCCCCACCCGGAUCCCGGGCCCACCCUACCGCCAUCCUAUCCCAACUCCCUACCCUACCCCUACCUUACCCAAACCCUACCCACUACCCCCACCCUUACCGCCAUCCUACCCCCACUGCCAUCCUACCCCUUCCCUACCCCAGCCCCACCCUACCGCCAUCCUAUCCCAACUCCCUACCUUACCCCUACCUUACCCCAACCCCAAACCCCACCCACUACCCCCACCCUUACCGCCAUCCUACCCCCCACCCUACCCCUUCCUUACCCUGACCCCACCCUACUGCCAUCCUAUCCCAACCCCUACCCUACCCCUACCUUAACCCAACCCUACCCACUACCCCACCCUUAACCCUAACCACGACCCUAACCCACCCACUACCCCCACCCAACCCCCUACCCCUAGACCUUACCACCCCACCCCGACCAUACCCCUUACCCCACCCCCACCCAUAACUUCCCUACCCAACCUCUACGAGUAGUAUGGGUGGGUAUGAAGGGUUGUGGUGGAGUAUGGGUAGAGUGUAAGAUCGUGGUAAGGGUAGAGGUAGGGGUCAAGGGUGUGGAAUUGGAGAACUGUGUGAAAAAAUUGAUGAACAUGUUUUCAAAUUUGAAAAUGGAAAACUAAAAAAUAGAAACAGAAAAUUGGAGAUAGAAAAACUGAAAAAUAAAAACAGAAAAUUGGAGAACGAAAAACAGAAGUAGAAAACAGGAAAAUAUCUCUGUUAGUAAACAGGCCCAAUUCUGCAUUUGCCGGUGCAAAUUUACGAAGAUCCUGGGGAUUGGGUGUGGUUGCUGGACUGCUCACCGGGAUCUUUUCCUCCCUUGCUAUCAUAUUCUCGGCUAGCCUUGUAUGGAAAUUCAGGCCUAAAUGUCGCCACCUCUCGAUGACCAGAUGGCUUACUUUGCACUGUAGUGCAGUCCGUUUAAAAAGAGUCUGUUUCUUUGUAGCAUAUGUGUCCUUUUCAAGCUGGUUAGCCAUUCAAUACAUAAAGAGAAUGGGCCUCCCUGAGGUUAUAGUUUACAAUAGGUAAAACAGUCAAAGGAGUAGGAAGUGUUUCUUCAUAUAGCAGCUUUAUGAAGAUAGAAUUCCAUUUUGUAAUAGUCUAAAAUAUGGUUUGAUUAGAAAAUAGAUUUCCAUUUUGUAAAGUUUGUAUUUCUGGUGUAUCAUUUGUAUGGAUAUUUAUAGGAAGUACUCCCUCUGUACUUUCUCUCAACAAACUUAUAUCCUAAACUCUAUUUCCCUCUAACCGGACUGUCUUAGAACUUUGUGUCGUGACUCGUGA